GUCGGGAGCAAAUCGUUUGACGCGUCACUGUCAGCAGCGCGUCCGGUCUCGCGUCAAGUCCCACUCUCAAUUCCUUUAACCCCGACGAACUCAGGACGAGACACUUAGCGUCACCAGGAUGCAAGCCGUCCUCCCCUUCCUCCCCGCGCCGCCAUCAUGGUUCCCGGGCCACAUGAGCCGCUUCACGAAGCAGCUGCCGUCGCUCCUGUCUCGCACGGAUGUGCUGCUAGAGAUCAGAGACUCGCGGCUGCCGCUGACGAGCAUCAACAAUAACCUUGAAGGUGCCAUUCACAAAUGGCGCGCCGAGCGCGGGUACAACCCCAACACGCACCCAGACCCCUCGGUAGCACCAGCACCCGAAGCAUCGCUAUCGAGCUACGGCGGCCACGUAUGCGAGCACAUCGUCGUCCUGAACAAGCGCGACCUCGUUCCAGAGUGGGGCAUCGAGCCCUUCCGCCGCGCGAUGGCGAGGCGCUUCCCCGGGCAGACCAUCGUGUCUGCCUCAUUGAACAAGACGCGCGAAAUCAAGUCGCUCAGCCAGAUGCUCGUGAACAUAGCCAAGCGCAACCCGCACGCGACCGAGAUGAACGUCCUCGUCGUGGGCAUGCCCAACGUCGGGAAAUCGACGCUACUGAACUCGCUACGCCACCAGGGCAUCGCCGGCCGCACGGCGAAGGCGCUGCAGACUUCCUCCCAGCCGGGGCACACGCGCACAGUCUCCUCGCGGCUCAAGCUCUCCGAGGAGCCGCUCAUCUAUUCGUACGACUCGCCGGGCGUGAUGCUGCCCUUCCUCGGCCGCGGACAGCACGGUGCCGAACGAGGGGUCAAGCUGGCACUUAUUGCGGGAAUCAAGGAGGGCCUAUACGACAUCGAAUCGCUGGUUGCGUACCUGCUUUACCGGCUGAACAUCUUGAACCCAGUCGAGCCCGCAUACCUGCGCCUCCUCCCGCCCGGCUCACCACCCGUAAACAACGCUGACGAAUUCAUCGAUCUCCUCGCCACGCGGCUCAACAUGCGCGUACGCGGCGGCCUCGCCGACACCCCGCGCGCCGCGAAAUGGUUCGUCGAGUGGUGGCGCAGCGAGGGCGGGCUCGCCGCCGCGGCGUCUGCCCCCCUGCACCUCCGCCUGCCCGCUUCGACCGCCUCAAACGCCGACGCUGGCUCUGCCAUACGCCGCGGCUGGGGCUUCGACAUCGAGUGGACCGAGGACACGUCCGUGUCGGCGCCAGCCGCACCCUCGAAGCGGACGAGCGAGAAGUUCGCCAAGGCGGUGCAGCAGAGGAUGGAGGAGUGUAUCGACGCGUUCGUCGGCGCGACCGCGGCUGAGGAGGAGGCCGGGAUGGGCGUGAGCACGACGCAGGAGCGCAAGCGCGCACUCGCGGAGAAGAAGGCCAAGGCCGCGGCGCGGACGCGGGCGAGGCUGUCUUCGCGCAAGACCUGA